UGUAAAUUCACCCUGGAGUACCAGAGAGCGCUUAGUGUGCUCUGGGCAUUUGUAAAAAUUCAGAACGUUGUUAGAUUGUCCGUUUUGUAAAUUCAGAGCGUUACGCUCUCGGGGCGUUCAGAGCACACACUGGAUGCUCUGGCCAAGGAGUAGGGUUGAUCCGAGCGUUCUGGCCUCUCAACAGCUUGGGUGCGUCUUCUUCGUUGAGGUUUAAUGGUGGUUGGCAUCAAUAAAUGUUGCAUUACUGCCACCUACUAGACUGGAGUACAACUCCCUUAUACUUUGCUUGAAAAAAAUAAAUAAAUACCCUACCAUCUAACACAACACUCACAAAAAAUAACACCACCCUACUCCACUAUUUAAAUCUAUUUAGUCCGACAUCAGGCCAACAACCUGAAAUAAUGGGACUACCACUUAACACUCUUCUGAUGUCUCACACACUCAAAUCCCUCUGCAGCUUCCACCACAACCUCCAUUUUCUGCGACUUACAUUCCAUCCCUGCAGUACAGUUGAUAACCAUUGCUAUAAAUGCUAAAAAUCCAAUCUCACUGAAACAUAUCACUUGUUGACCUAUCCCUCUGCACUGGUACAGAUCUACUACUCACACCACUCCUCUCAGAAUCCCUACCCCUUGACCCAUCUUCCUCUACUUUCUUCACUGCCUCAGCGUAUGACAACUUCUGCACUACUCUAACUCUGAAACCUCAACCUGGCUGUCUUGCAUGGGACAUUUCCGAUCCCCAGCCCAAUGGGCACCCCUACAAUUAACACAUACCACUACUUUCCUCAAUGUUACACAUUCCUUCGUCUCAUGCCCUUCUGCACACUUCUCACACCUAGGAACCUCCCUCAUACACACUGCUGCCACAUGCCCAUAAGCUUGACACCUGUAACAAUGUGAUGUAUUUGGCACAAAAGCUUGUACAGGAUAACUUAUAUAUCCUAAAAUCUAUUUGUCGGGCAACAACUCAACAUCAAAACUCAAAAGAACAGACAAUGACUAUUCUGUUUCACCACUCACGCCACAGUGUUGCAUCAAACACCGGGAAUCUUCCCCUUCAGUUGGUCAACUUUUACAUUUACUGCUACCCCAGUAAUCACUCCUUUCACAUUUCUUGCCCCCAUUCGUUUAACGCAGAGCACCUCUCUCUCUGACCAGCAAAAACACAAAUUAUCAUAAGACCACUUUUGGUUACCCUCACCAAUGAUUCCACAGCACCCAACUCUGUUUUCAUCCACCCUGAAACCACAAAUGGAUCAGCCAAAAGGCAAGGGUCCACUUUUUCCAAAAGCUUCACUCCUACUGUCACACUCAUCUUUAUCCUGACCCUCGGUGCAAGUCUCGGGCUCCAAGAACUUCACCACACCUACCACCUUUGAUACUUCGACCUCAUUCACUUCCAUUUCGCCUCCUGUCUUCAGUUCAUGUAACAGUAUAACUUUAGUCCGUCCCCUCGCCCCGACACGGGCGCGAACCAUCAACACAUCAACAACUGACACCCACGAAGCGUCGUUACCCAUUGCUCCACAUUGCUCCAUAAAAGCCGCGGCCCUUGCAGAGCAAGGGGAACCACUAAUUCAAGGUCUCAAAGCGAGUGACGUAACCGAUUGAAACGCUAUUAGCGCGCACCACCGCUAACUAGCUAGCCAUUUCACAUCCUUUACACUCACUCUGUUUUACACUUUCUACCAUUCUUCUUUAAAAAACCAUAUCCUUUUUUUCUGCCAUUUUUAACCGAUUCAAGCUCACCCUCUUCCUCCCCCUCUCUCUCUUCGACCUCCUCAGCCUCUUUUUACCCUCCAUUCCUCCUCCGUAUUCCAAGUAUAUGUCGCCUUAUGAUAAUACUGCACUUCUCCUGACAUACAUCUUGUUCUUGCCUUCUCAAGGGAUGCCAUUUAACCGGCUAUUACAAUCUCCGUACAGUCAGCACGAACUCCUCGGGAUGUAGCGCUCAACAGUGCAUCCCAUUUAUCGAUUCAUAAAAUAAAGCAUACGGCUCCUUUAAAAGCUUUUGGAACGGUUGUCACUAGUUACCACAGCAACAAAGUCAUAACCCCCGCCUAUUUCUACAAUGGAUAUAAUUAAAAAGUUAUUUUAAUCGUAAAUUUAACCAUACUGCUAACCUAAUGCCUAACCUUAAAUUAAGACCAAAAAGCGUUUUUUCGCCCAUUAAUUGUUACGAUAUAGUACAUUUUGACUUCGGAAAUCGUACAGCAGCAUGUAGUUGCGUCUCCAGGACGACAAAAAUAAUUACAAAACGAACCGAUAUGCUUGUUUGUAUCCAGCAAUCAACACCUGUCGCCGAUAUCCUUGAACCGGACUGUUUCAGAACUUUCAAAGAAGACCAUCGGUAGUUUUCGGGAGGGAGAUAUUUGUUUAGGAAUGUAUCGGUGGCCAACGACAGUGAUUGAUCAAUAACCAUUCAACAUUAGCUCAGAAGGUCAAAGAAGCUAGUUAGCGCGCUGCUGCAAGCAGAACUGGCUGCUAAACAGCAACACAUGAAUCGUGAUUUUGUAUUUAGCUAACUGUUUAUAUUCAACAACUCCUUCAAACGAAAGGUAUUACAUUUUUUUUGUGUAGCCAUAUGGAGAUUGCAGCUGCCAAGGAAGUUGAUACAUUGUUGCCUUGAUCAUGAACGUUCUGAAAACAUGAUUCAAGUGUUUCCUUGCAGAAUUUCUACUUGUGGCUGACUGUUACUUUGUAAUUACCAAAAAGGAAUGAAAAACAUUGCAUAAGAGUUAACUAUCUAAACAAAGAAUUAGGAUGAACGUCACGGAAGUGGAGGAUCAUAUUUCUAUGAAAUAUGAAAUAAAGAAAAGACUUGGAAAGGGGGCAUAUGGGAUUGUAUGGAAGGCUGUGGACCGACAGACAGGAGAAGUUGUGGCUGUAAAGAAAAUAUUUGAUGCCUUCAGGAAUAGGACUGAUGCCCAGAGGACAUUCAGAGAAAUAAUGUUUCUUCAGGAGUUUGGCGAUCAUGCCAACAUCGUCAAACUGCUGAAUGUCAUCAGAGCUCAAAAUGACAAAGAUAUUUACCUGGUCUUUGAAUACAUGGACACCGACCUGCAUGCGGUGAUAAAGAAAGGCAACCUGCUGAAAGACAUCCAUAAACGCUAUGUUAUGCAUCAACUCCUCAAGGCCACCAAAUACCUGCACUCAGGCAAUGUCAUCCACAGAGACCAGAAGCCCUCCAAUAUUCUACUUGACACGGAUUGCUUUGUGAAACUUUGUGACUUCGGUUUAGCGAGGUCUCUCUGCCAGAUCCAGGAGGAUGCUGGGAACCCGGCGCUGACAGAGUAUGUGGCGACGCGGUGGUACAGAGCUCCUGAGAUCCUGCUGGGCUCCUCAAGAUACACAAAGGGGGUAGACAUGUGGAGUAUAGGUUGUAUCCUAGGAGAGAUGCUACUUGGGAAGCCCCUUUUCCCUGGAACUUCCACCAUCAACCAGAUAGAGAAAAUCAUGAGUGCAAUUCCACACCCUAGCCCAGAGGACGUACUUUCGAUCAGAUCUGAGUAUGGUGCCUCUGUGAUUCAGAGGAUGCUACUGAAGCCCCAGGUGCCUCUAGAGGAUCUUCUGCAAUCGUCGGUGCCUUCAGAUGCCCUAGACCUGGUGCGUCGCCUGCUGGUGUUCAACCCAGACAAGAGGCUGACCGCUGAGCAGGCCCUGCAGCACCUCUACGUCUCCAGAUUCCACAACCCAGCCAAGGAGCCAGGUCUGAACUCUGAUGUGAUCUUGCCUGUGGAUGAUGAUGUCCAGUUGUCGGUGGUUCAGUACCGUAAUAAACUGUAUGAGAUGAUUCUAGAGAAGAGGACCACAAGGAGAAUGCCACGUCAUAUAAUGCAGAGGAAGAAAGAGGAGCCUGUCUCUAUGUCUGGGUGUGACAGUGGAGACCAUGGGAGGGAAAGGCCCACUGGGAAGGACAAAGGAGGGCUGGAGCCAGUGUCUGGUAAUGGUGGAGGGGACCUUAGGGUUAAAUCCCCUCAUGAUAAGACAGAACACCAGGCUGCUCGUCCAGUUAUCACCGUACCUAUCCCAGUACCUGUGUCCAUCCAGCCGUCCCUGGAAAGGACCAGCCCUGCAGCUAGCCCCGUCAUGGGAAAGACUACAUAUAAUCCCAUCACACACAUUGCCAAUGGUUUUGUUCGAAAUCUGGCUGGACCACCUCACUAUUUUCGCUCCGGUACUGCCAGCAGGGAACUGGAGGGACAGACGAGUAAAGAAAAUGUAUCUGUACCGCCAGCAGAGGGCGCUGUUUGCAACAUUGUUUCUAUGGAGCAGAUUCUGCAGCGCGGUCGCUCAGCCCCUGUCAGCCGUACCCGUUCCUUCUCCCUGACCAUCUCCCACCCUCAGAACAACCCACUGGUCCGCAGAGACGAGCCCUCUGUGUCCUUAGGGAUGUGUGUCAUCUCUGCACGCCUGAACCAGCGGUCCCAGUCUCAGUCACGAGAGGCACGGCCCCCUCCUCCCAGGUUCAGUAAGAAGGUUUUCCAGUGUAACGCCAACAUGGCGGCUGCCGGGGAUCCCCGUGCCAAACUAGGCAGCUACUCUCAGGCUUACGGCACCAUCAACAAGACAGAACUGGACAACCUUAUGAGGAGUCGACACCACCAGUAACCACCACACUAUGUUGGAUGUAACCACUGUCCAACAUCAGACGGGGCAAGAGACAAGGUGACAGGGAACAGGGAGAUAUAGGCUAGUGGAAAGUUGGGGGAGGAAAAUAUUAUUCCAACAUAUAAAAGUUCAGCAGCACAAAUUGAAGUAACCGUGGAGAUGGAAAUCCAUGGAGUAAAGUGGCAAUGAUUUAACAGUCAAUUUAACCCCAUUUUCUUUAUGAAAUAAUGUCUUGUUGGGAAAUGGAGACUAUGGACCCUUAGUUUAAUGUGCAAGUGUUUUACACCGAAAUGCUUUAUACUAAACUAGAGGGAACAAGACAUAGCAGUGUAAAUGUAUGUUAAUUGAGUCAGGCAAUACUUUUGUAAAACGGAACAUUUGUAAUUUUGUGUAUAAGUAAAUGACUAUUUUAGCCAUCAUUUCCUGGCAAGCAAAUUCAAUAUACUUUAAUGCAAAAUGGUGCUUCCAACACAGUAAAAUAAAUAUUGACAGUUGAUGUAUGUAAAGCAAACCUGUAGUUUCAUAUUAAAAAGAUGACCGCAAGCAAUUGUGACUACUUUCUUUUAAA